AAUUCACCCUGUCACAGAGGUUAGUGAAAAUGAAAGUAGAUUUAGACAUUUCUAGACAGAGCUGAGAGACGCCAUUACAGGGUGUGAGAGUAACGCUGGGAAAAACACGUUUGCAGUUUAUUAAAGUGGAGAAGUGAAGAGAGUAGUUGGUGAGUCCACCACCUAUUGAACAAUAACUUUCUUAUCAAAUGGCUGAGAAAGCUGCUCUUCUUGAAAGUUUCCUGAACUGCCAUGUGUGUUCAGAGACUUUCACAGAUCCUGUGUCUCUGGGGUGCAACCACAGAUUCUGUUCAAGCUGCCUACAGAAGUUCUGGGAACAAGUUAAAAACAAGAACUGCCCCAUUUGUAAGAGAAGAUCCUCAAAAGAAGACCCGACAGUGGAUUUUGCACUGAAGGAACUGGCUGAUUCCUUUGCUGGGAGACAAAAAGCUGGAUCUUUAGAAAAAGGAGAUAUGAAGGUGAAAGGGGUGUGUAGAAAACAUCAAGAAGAUCCUAAAUUGUUCUGUGAGGAUGAAGAUAGAGCUGUGUGUCCUGUCUGUGAGUUUUCUCUCCACCAGGGUCACAGGGUGGUUCCUAUAGAAAAAGCAGUCAGUGACCUGAAGGAGCAGAUGAAAUCUGACUUAAAGUCUCUACAGGACAAGAGGGACAAAUACAAGAAAGUGGAGAAUACAUACAAUGAAGUAAUUCAACACUCCAAGAAGCAGCUGUCGUCCACAGAGAGGCAGAUCAGAGCAGAGUUCAACAAGUUGCACCAGUUCCUGAAAGAGGAAGAGGAGUCCAGAUUGGCUGCUCUGAGGGAGGAAGAGGAGCAGAAGGGGAAGACUAUCAGCAGAGAGAUGAAGAUGAUCCAGGAGCAGAUCUCCUCUCUGUCAGACAGUAUCUCUGCUGUUGAAGAAGAGCUGCAGAAACACAGCGUGCCAUUCCUCGUGCCAAAACAUUGCUCUCACACAGCUGAGGUUGAAAAACUGCGUGGCUUCCCGGAUCCAGAUUCCUCUUCCCCCUCACCUGGGAUUCCCUAUCUAAUCUCCAAUUAG